AAAAAGGCUAGCAAUACCUACAUUGUAAACCACACAUAUAUUUUUGUUCAUUAUUUGUAUAUUUAUUAUUUCCUACCACAAUUAAACCAUGUCAUAUUUCCUACCACAUCUGACGAACGGAUGGCAAGUGGACCAGGCGAUUCUCUCAGAAGAAGACCGCGUAGUAGUGAUAAGGUUCGGGCACGACUGGGAUUCGCAAUGCAUGACGAUGGAUGAGACGCUGUACGAGAUAGCCGAGAAGGUCAAGAAUUUUGCAGUCAUAUAUUUGGUGGACAUAACGGAGGUUCCAGACUUUAACACGAUGUACGAGCUGUUUGAUCCUUGCACAGUGAUGUUCUUCUUUAGGAACAAGCAUAUGAUGAUUGAUUUGGGGACAGGAAAUAAUAAUAAGGUUAAUUGGCCGAUUGAGGAUGGGCAGGAGCUUAUUGAUUUGAUCGAGGUCGUGUUUCGAGGAGCGAGGAAGGGAAAGGGCCUAGUGCUGUCGCCCAAGGAUUACUCGACAAAAUACAAAUAUUGAGAUGCUAGAAUUUUUUAUUUUUAAAACGGAAGCCAUAAACAAUUUUGCAUUGGUUAUGUAGUACAUAAUUGUCAGCUAAAUACCGAAAUUUAUUUUGAAGAUUGGAU